AUGCUGCUACUGCCGCUGCUGGUGGCCCUGCUCUGGCGGAGGGAGGCAGCCAGGGGCCAGAUGGGGCCUGGGGAGAAUUACAAGCUGCAGCUGCCGGAGCUGGUGACAGUGGAGGAGGGCCUGUGCGUCCACGUGCCCUGCUCCUUCUCCUACCCCUGGAAUGUCUGGGGCAUCUUUACCUCAACUCUGGGCUACUGGUUUCGGGAAGGGGCUGCGACGUCCAAGGAUGCUCCCGUGGCUACAAACAACCCAGACCGAGAAGUGCAGGAGGAGACCCAGGGGCGAUUCCAUCUCCUCGGGGACACCCGGGCCUACAACUGCUCCUUGGAGAUCAGAGACGCCAGGAGGAGGGACAACGGUUCCUACUUUUUUCGGAUGGAACGAGGAAGUGUGGAAAACAAUUACAGGUCUAACCAGCUCUCCUUGCAUGUGACACCCCUCAACCACACACCUGACAUCCUCAUUUCGGGGACCCUGGUGUCCGGCCACCCCGGGAAUCUGACCUGCUCUGUGCCCUGGGCCUGUGAGCGGGGCACGCCCCCCAUCUUCUCCUGGAAGGGAGCUACCGUCUCUUCCCACGUUCUCACAACAGCCCUCUCCUCGGUGCUCACUCUCACUCCACGGCCCCAGGACCACGGCACCACGCUCACCUGUCAGGUGACCUUGCCUGGAGCUGAAGUGACCACAACGAGGGUCGUCCGCCUCAACGUGUCCUACCCACCACAGAACUUGACUGUGACUGUCUUCCAAGGAAACAGCACAGCAUCCAAAGCCCAGGAGAACGGAUCCUCUCUUUCAGUCAGGGAGGGCGAGUCCCUGCGCCUGGUCUGCGUCGUCGACAGCAACCCCCCCGCCAGGAUCAGCUGGGCCCGGGGGAGCCUGACCCUGAGCGCCUCGCCGCCCAGCCACCCGGAAGUGCUUGAGCUGCCGCGGGUGCUCAUGGGAGACGAAGGGGAGUUCACCUGCCGAGCUCAGCACGCCCUGGGCUCCCAGCAUGUCUCUCUGAGGGUCUCGCUGCAGCGUGAGUGUCCGGGGGCUGCCCGCGAUGAGAAGGGACUCUCCUCCAGAGCGUUCUCCAGCGGAGUCUCUCUAGGGACUGGCGUCACUACCCUCCUCUUCCUCUGCUUCAUCAUGAUCCUCGUGAGGGCUCUGAGGAAGAAAUGGACCCAGGCAGAAGUCCCGGCCGCGACCUCGGCCCCGGCCCCGGCCCCCGCCCCCGGAAAGGCUCCGCGGUCCAGGUUCUCACGCAGGAGCACGAUCCUGGAUUACAUCAACGUGAUCCCUAAGGCCGGCCCUCUGAAACAGAAAGCCAAACCAAGCAGUCCUACCCAGCCUCCUCCAGAUGGUCACUCCCCGGAAGCCAGAAAGAACCAGAAGGAGCUCCAUCUCGUCUCCCACAACUGUCCAGGACCCAAGUCAUCCCCACAAGCCUCAGAAGCAGAGAACAACCAAGAGGAGCUCCAUUACGCUGUCCUCAACUUCCCAGGUCUCAGACCAUGGGAGACUCAGAGACCCAAGGGCACGCACCCAGAGUACGCUGAAAUCCAGUUCCACUGA